UGCAGUCGAAUAGAUGCAAAACUGAUCUGAUAAAAUUCGAGUAGUCAUGGUAAUCGAUCAAACGCAAAAGGCAGAAGUUAUAAAAGGGAUUGAGAUUGGCGAAUUCGAUUCUUUACAUAUUGAAACUCGUAUGAGAAUAAUGUACAGCAGCUCGACUAUGGGCGGUACAAGAAAAUCGAGACCAAGUAGCGGCUACUUAGUCAGACCUCGUAUGGGUAUUUUGAAGAGUUUGUACUCUGGUCGAUCACUGUCCACCCCUACACAAGAAAAGAGGAAAAAGACCAAAAAAAGUGCUAUACCAAGGAUGGAGUUCAGGAAAAAGCCAGAUUAUGCAGAUACUGCAUACAGAGAAGCUGUCUCAAGACUUCGAAUCCUACUUGCUGAAAGUUACACACCCAUCAGAAGAACAUAUCGCGAUAUAGACAGCGCAGGAGAAGAAACAGAUAAUCAGUCUAUAAUAAGCUUGGAAAGCAAGGCAUCAAGACCUCGUCGCUAUUAUCCACCAUAUUAUCCCCCAAUAGUACCUAAAAAGUAUUAUUACCCACAAUUCAAGAGCACACUAAACUCGAAACCCUUAAAUAUACAGGAUAAGGAUGAUGAUCCUCCAAAAUAUGAAAAUACAUCCGCUCCACCUGAGAUAUUAUCUUAUCUCGAACAACAAGAUGAUUAUAUCGAUCAACUCGAAAAAGAAUCCAGAUUCUGCAGGACCGAACUUUCAACACUUUUGAGUAAAGUGAAGGAGGUAGUUAAUGAAAAUGAAGUUCUACACGAGAAGCAAAAGAAUAAGUUUCUUAAAUCAGUUUUCGAUGAAUUGGAGCCAGAGACAGAAACAACUGAAACAGAAACGGAAUCGAAAAAAAAGCAUUCAAAAUCGCCUUCAAAGAAGAAGACACAAAUGUUCGAUGCGCCCUCGAUAGUAUUCGAGUCACGAAUAUCAGAAUUAGAGGCACAGUUAACACAAGCAAGGAUCGAUUUGAAGAAAGCACAGGAAGAAAACGACAACUAUAAAAGAAAAAUAGCUGACGGAACUAUAAUCUUGGAUGGAGUUGGUACGGAAUCUUACAAACGACAAAUCGAAAAUUUACAUAGAGAAAAGAGUCAGCUACAAGAAUCAGUUGCAAAGCUUGAGAAUGCUCUCACCAAGUUAAAAUGCAAAGAAAACGAUACAUCAGAUGCUGUGAAAAGAAGUUUGGAUGCUGCAGAGCAUGCUCAGUAUGAGAAGACUGCUGCCGAAUUGGAAAUAAGAAGAUUGAAGGAUGAGUUAGAACGUCAACACAGUAAACUGAGAGAUGCAAUAACAGAUCAAAAUCGCAGAAUAUCGGAUGAAAGAAGUGCUGUUGAGAGAAGAUAUACACAACAAAUCGAACAACUAACAACAGAGCUGGGAGUGCAAUGGGAAACAACAAAUAAAUUACAAUUGGAACUGGACAAACAGAGGAGAGAAAACGGAGAUCUUAGAAGGGAAUGUGCUCAGAAACAGGCUCUCAUCGAUGAACUGAAAAAAGACAUGCAAAGUAAGAUAAUAACACUCCAAUCGGACAUAGGUGUAACUGGUGCGGAAAAAAGUGCAUUGGAACAACAGAUCUCUUCACUUCAGCUAGCGAAUGAAAGGAAUGAGAGGUAUUACAAGCAAGAAAUAGCGAGGUUGCAAGCUGAGAUGCAAUCUCUGAGGCAAAGGUCCGACAGAGCUGAUGCUGAUCUCAUCCACAGUAGACGGGAAAAUCUGAGGUUGAAUGAACAGGUAGCUUCCUUGGAAAAAGAGAUGAAAUUGAAUGCUGCCCUUUCGGAAGAAGCAAAUAGGAGAGGUGCUGCUACAUCAGAGGUUGUAGCUCUUCCACCUCCUACUCCCAGGAAAGAUGAUAAAGAAGAACUAGGGUCUUUGAUUCAUGAUCUCGAGUCCAAACAUGGAAUGGACCGAGGAAGCACCAAAAGCGAGUCCGCUUCACCUUCAGUCCAACCGACCAAACGCAAGGAACCCAUUAAACUAGAUAUUAGUGUCAAAGUGAUCCCAAAAUCUCGUAAGGGAUCAAAAAGCAAAUUUAGCCUUAGAGAACCUCGAAUUACUUGCACGUCUGAGAGAAGUGUGGGAUUGCUUGAAAGAAGUCACAACAGAGGAAAAAUCCGAGAUGAAAGAAGUCAUUCAGCUGGCAAUGCACAACAAGAAUCAUUGAACAAUCAACAACCAGAACAUGAACAGCACCGUACGGACAAGCCUGUGCCCCAACAAAAUUCACCAACCCCUCAAACAGACAUUUCAGAUGAAAAACCAAUAGACAAUAAACCCGGGGAUCAAUUGACAUCAGAUGCUGAUAAACAACAAACAAUUUCUGAACAAUCUGAGGGGCAGUAUCCUCAAUACGACACAGACCCCAAUCAGCAAUACGAUCAACAAUACAUGUCGGAGGAGCAAUAUGACCAGCAACAGUACGAUCCCAAUUACCAAUACGACCCAAAUACUGCAUAUCAAACAGGUCCCAAUGGAGAAUAUUUAACUGACCCAAAUCAACAGUAUCAAGAUCAAUAUGCUUAUGAAAACCAACAAUACCAGAAUGAUCCAAAUCAGCAGUAUUCAGAAGGAAUGGUGCCUCAAUAUAGCACUGAUACAAAUCAACAAUUCACCACAGAAGCAUUUGAACAGAAUCCUUCUGAUCCAAAUCAACAAUAUCCAGUAGAACCUGGUCAAACUACGGAAGGCAAUUCAUAUCAACAGUAAACUAUUCAGUAGGGUUAGGCUCUCACAUAUGCAAUUAUUUCAUUUUAUAGGGGAAUAGAUUAUUGAAUUUAUUCAAAUUUGUUUUGGUUGAAAUGUAAAUAUUUCCAUAGUUUUAAUUGAAUCAAUUAUCUUAAUUUGAGAUGGAUACUUUGAGAAUUGGAUCAUUUUAAUAUACAUGUAUUCGAAAAAUAGGGGAAUACCGGUCAGAAUGUCCAAAUAUUGGGAGAAGAUUCAAAAUACUACAGUUUAUGGUUGACUUGGUUUUAGUUUAGUGAACAGCGAAUAUCUCGACUCCAAACUUCCUAAAUUAGUUUUUCAUUUACCAAUAAAUUUAAUAGAUUGCAAACAA